CUAGGAGCCAUCAGUCAGCACAGGCCAACCAGCCUCCUUCCUGUCUACUGGACCAGAUGGAGGAGAAGCCUUCCGUUCAUGGAAUUGACUUCAAGCAGAAUCUCCACGCACUAGUUAGGACCCAGCUGCCAAAGCCCGGUCGCCCAGGAGCUGGAGCCAGAGCCGAGGAGGUGGCGCUUGCACCGCGUCCCCAGCCCCGCCGCCGCCCGCGCCAAGACCCAGCGAGAGGCGGCGCAGCCCGGGCGCUCCGGACUCCGCGCAACCCGCGUCCUGCUACCCCGGCUGCCCACGCCCCUCUCGUUAUCCUGCACCCCUUUGGUCCCUACCCGAAGCUGUGCGCUUUUCUCCACGACUCCGUGCAUCCCUCCGGGUGCCUUUGCCCCGCGCUCCUCCGCCUUAGCCCGGCUGCACCCCACCUCCCUGGGCACCUCGCCCUUCCCCGCUGGGCCCCCAGCCUCCUCGUCACGGCCCCCGCACCCCCUCCUGGAUCUGCGCCCCCCGCUGUCUCCACCCCCCUCCCUUCCCUCUCUCACUUCCCACGCCCCCUCUCGCGCUCCUCUCCUCCCUUUGCCGCCCAGCCUCGGCUCUGGAGUUGGGGGAGAGCCCAGGGUUUCAGUUGCUCCAGAGAAGGCGUGAAUCGCUCAGGGAUUGACUAAUUUGGGGUGGGGGGCGCGGUGGGCGAUGGAGCAGCCCGAGGACAUGGCGUCGCUGAGCGAAUUCGACUCCUUGGCGGGCAGCAUCCCGGCCACCAAGGUGGAGAUCACCGUGUCCUGCAGGAACCUUUUGGACAAAGACAUGUUUUCCAAGUCUGACCCACUAUGCGUCAUGUAUACCCAAGGGAUGGAGAAUAAGCAGUGGCGGGAGUUCGGACGCACGGAAGUCAUUGACAACACACUCAAUCCCGACUUCGUGCGCAAAUUCAUUGUGGAUUACUUUUUCGAGGAGAAGCAGAACCUCCGUUUCGACCUAUACGACGUUGACUCGAAGAGCCCUGACUUAUCUAAACACGAUUUUCUGGGCCAGGCCUUCUGCACCCUUGGAGAAAUUGUGGGGUCCCCCGGGAGCCGCCUGGAGAAGCCCCUCACGAUAGGAGCAUUCAGCCUGAAUUCCAGGACGGGCAAACCCAUGCCAGCUGUGUCCAACGGAAGUGGUCUAUGGAUGGAAAGUUUGAGAACCACUGGUCUGGAAGCCUCCGGUGGUGUCUCAGGGAAGAAAUGUGGCACCAUCAUCCUGUCUGCUGAGGAGCUCAGCAACUGUAGGGAUGUCUCCACGAUGCAGUUCUGUGCCAACAAGCUGGAUAAGAAAGAUUUCUUUGGGAAGUCCGACCCCUUCUUGGUGUUCUACAGAAGCAACGAGGAUGGAACGUUCACCAUUUGCCACAAGACCGAGGUCAUGAAGAACACCCUAAACCCAGUCUGGCAAACUUUCUCCAUUCCUGUGCGAGCGCUGUGCAAUGGGGACUAUGACCGGACCAUCAAGGUGGAGGUGUACGACUGGGAUCGAGAUGGCAGCCAUGACUUCAUUGGGGAGUUCACCACCAGCUACCGGGAGCUGGCCCGCGGGCAGAGCCAAUUCAACAUCUAUGAGGUGAUAAACCCGAAAAAGAAAAUGAAGAAAAAGAAAUACGUGAAUUCUGGCACAGUCACGCUGCUUUCCUUUGCUGUGGAGUCAGAGUGCACGUUUCUCGACUACAUCAAAGGAGGGACUCAGAUCAACUUCACAGUGGCCAUCGAUUUCACGGCCUCCAAUGGGAACCCCUCGCAGUCCACGUCUCUGCACUACAUGAGCCCCUACCAGCUGAACGCCUACGCGCUGGCGCUGACCGCCGUCGGGGAGAUCAUCCAGCACUACGACAGCGACAAGAUGUUCCCAGCCCUAGGCUUUGGGGCCAAGCUGCCCCCUGAUGGCAGGGUGUCCCACGAGUUCCCGCUGAACGGCAACCAGGAGAACCCCUCGUGCUGUGGCAUCGAUGGCAUCCUGGAGGCCUACCACCAGAGCCUGCGCACUGUGCAGCUCUACGGCCCCACCAACUUCGCCCCUGUGGUCACCCACGUGGCCAGGAACGCAGCGGAGGUGCAGGACGGCUCCCAGUACUCGGUGCUUCUCAUCAUCACUGACGGGGUCAUCUCGGACAUGGCGCAGACCAAGGAAGCUAUUGUCAAUGCUGCCAAACUCCCCAUGUCCAUCAUCAUUAUCGGCGUGGGCCAGGCAGAGUUCGAUGCCAUGGUAGAGCUGGACGGUGAUGACGUGCGGAUCUCCUCCCGAGGGAAGCUGGCCGAGCGGGACAUUGUCCAGUUUGUGCCCUUCCGGGACUACGUGGACCGCACGGGCAACCACGUGCUGAGCAUGGCGCGCCUGGCCCGCGACGUGCUGGCUGAGAUCCCUGAGCAGCUGGUGUCCUACAUGAAGGCACAGGGCAUCCGCCCACGCCCCCCACCUGAGGCCCCUGCGAGCUCACCCCCGCAGUCCCCAGCCCGCACGCCUCCUGCCUCGCCCCUUCACACGCACAUCUAGCCUGGCCCACGGCAGGCGGCUGGGGCUGGAGUGGCCAGUGAGAGGGUAGGUAGGGCCCCCAGAGCCCCUUACAGCCGGCCCUGCCCAGCCUUUGGAACCCGAGUGCCUGGGAAGACGCCAGGGCAUGGGGCCUCUGGAGACUCCUUCCCAAUUUCCUGGCCUCACUUAGGGCCCAAACCCAGGGAGGUGAGGGGUACAGGUGGUGGAGUUGGGGUUCUGGGCCCCUGCUCUUCUCUUCUUCCCCUGAUACCUUGUUCCAGCCCAGCCAGGAAGGUGUUAAUCAGGACAAUUGGGGUCCUCCGCAGCCUACCUGGGCAAUCCCAUCUGCCCCUAUGCGGCCCCAAACCUGGCCUGGGCCUCCUCCUUCCAGCCCCCUCCUCCCUCCCCUCUUCCUGUGCUCUCUCCUCCUUUACCUGGCCCCUGACCCACACCCCAGUGUCUAUCCUGUCCCUGUUUCCAGUGAACCCCUCAAGGCUAAUGGGUUGACACAAAUGCCUGAGCCUGGGACCCCUCCCAGGGACACUCACUCACAACGAGAACCCUGCAGACCCAUGAACGGGAGGCUGUGGUGAUGGACCGCAGGCCACAUGGUAGGCCGGCCAUGGAGGUUUUCAGGCACAGUCCUUUCUGGUGCCUCUCAAGCCCCGUAUGACACUGGUUCCAGACACACAGCUCUGCAGGCCUCUCCCUGGUGUGACCCCACAGGCACCACGCUAACUCUUGGCUUCAGGCACCCUCCCUCCCCCCAGUGUCCUUGGUGCCCACUUCUCUGCUGCCCACCUGGAGGCCUGGGCAAGGAACAGCCCAGCCCCACCACUCCCAUGCUGUCCCUUCAGCCCAUGGGGAUAGGAGAUGGGACUCCUGGGUUCAAGUGCUGCCUGCUAUGGGAAGCCAAGCAAGGCCUUUCUGUCUUAUGGGUCUUGGUUUCCGCAUCUAUAAGACACGAGGGUUGACCAGAUGGUCCCGGAGUUCCCUUCAGCUCUGGUGUCCUGAGAGUCCAUUCAUCCCAUGCCCAGCUUCCCUCAUCCCACUGCUCGCUAAUACAGCCUCUUGCCCCAGGCCGUCUUGGCUCUAGGGUCACCCUGUUCAAUCCUGUCACUCCAAAUCCACCCCAGUCCUUCAGCCUUGGGCUCUGGCGUCUGAGCCCGAACUCUUGCCCCUGCUGUGGGAAAGGUGAGAAAGGUGAUCUUACCCCGAGGCCCAGCCAGCUGCCCAGCCUUUGCCCACAUGGGAGCAGGUCAUGCAUGCCAGUCCCUCCUGCUGCAUGGGGCUCUUAGCCCGCUGAAGCUCCUGUGCCUGGGUGGGGACCAGGGCCCCCCCCCUCACCCCCCCCCCCCGUCUGCUGCCCACACCACGCCCUU